UUCACACCUUGGCUAAUAUUCUCUCGUCAGAAAUUUUCCAUCUUUAUUUGUAGAAGAGGCAUAACUAAUUACAAAAAUCCAAGCUUCUGUCUUUACAGAAACUUUUAUUGAUCUUAGAUCAGUGAUGAGGGUAAGGGUUCCCAUUUAACAGGGAGUAUACGAGACGUGCGAUUUAUAACCAUUCAAUACCAGUUUGAAUCACAGCCGGUCAAUUCUUUCCAAGGAUCUUGCUUAAUCACGACAUAAGCGGCGGCUUUUACACGUGACUGCUUUGGUGCUUCUUCCGGAACCAGGAAGGCCGCUUAGAUCGUCGUAUAUUGCCUUUGAUGAGAUUUUUCGACGAUCCAUUAUAAUGAACGGUAAUGACAAAUGGUGUAGUUUCUGAGAGAGAGAAAAAAAAGUUUGAAGAAGAGAAAUGAAUAUCUACUAUCGCCACGUUAGGAAAUACUUAUAGAAUGAUUUUUGAAUGAGCAAAUUAUCGGUGCUGCAGACGAACUGAGGAGGAUGACGUCACGUUGUAUUUUGCUUUGUUGUGUAGUUUACACCGCCCUGCUUGGUGCUGACGCAGAUGUGAUUUGUAUGAAUUCCUCCCGCUCUCAGCUAACGGACGAACAGAGGUUGUACAAAAAGUUGAUGUAUAACUACGAUAGGAACACACGACCAGUGUACAACGCCUCCCAUCCCGUAAACGUCAACAUCAGCAUAUCGCUGACACAGAUCUUUGACGUGGAUGAGAAAAACCAAUUCCUAACGACAAACAUAUGGCUGGAUCAGAGCUGGAUGGACGAAAAACUGAUCUGGAAUCCGGAAGAUUACAACAACCUGACUGUUCUCCGCAUUCCAUGUACCAACAUCUGGUUACCAGACAUCGUCCUGUACAACAGCGCCGAAGAUUACACGGAGGGUUAUAUGGAGGCGCUGGCGAUGGUUUCCUAUGAUGGCCAAGUCUUCUGGCCCCCUAUCGUGAAGUUCCGUAGUACCUGUGAAGUUGAUAUUACCUAUUAUCCAUUCGAUGACCAGCUCUGCAAAAUGAAAUUCGGAAGCUGGGCCUACGAUGGAUCACAAGUUGAUGUUUUUAACACAACAAAAGGAGUAGAUCUGACAAACUUUGUUCGUAAUGGUGAAUGGGAACUGUUAGGUGUGAAGUCUAUUCGCCAUAACAUCCGUUACCCAUGCUGCUCGGAAAUGUUCCCGGAUGUGACGUUUUGGAUUCACCUCAAGCGUCGCACGCUAUAUUACGCGUAUAAUGUCAUCAUUCCAUGUGUGAUGCUGUCCGUUUUGACAAUGUUGGGGUUUUGGAUCCGCCCUGAAAGCGGGGAGAAGGUGUCUCUGGGACUGACCGUUCUUCUGGCGUUUUCUGUCUUCAUGCUACUGAUUGCAGAGAACAUGCCAGCUACCUCUAACUUUGUCCCAUUGAUAGGGAUAUAUCUCACCACAGUAAUGUCCUUGACAUCUUUCUCCGUCAUAAUGGCUGUAGUGACGUCAAACAUAAACGUUCGGGGAUUCAAAGAAGUGGACCUUCCUAAAUGGUUUCGAAAAUUCAUUAUAUUCUGUGCUAAGGUCAACGGCAUGAAGCUGGCAUACGUAACACACACAGAAUGUGGAGCAAACGAUGGUAGAGAACGCUUAAAAGAAAAGUACUAUCAGAUGCACACGACAUUCUCGAAUGACUCAGGAUGUGCUUUAAUUGACUACGAAAACAACAGCACGAAGCAAAGGUGCGAGAUGCGCGGCCCCUCCACUGAACACGUGAGAGAAGUCGAUCUCGGCAGUGACUCGUGGGUCACAAGGGAAAUUCUCGCUCGUUUGCAAAUGUUGGUAGAUAAGGAGGAGGAGAAAGACAGAUCUGACCUAUUGUGUAAGCGAUGGAUGGAGGCGGCGGAGGUGAUUGACAGGUGCUUGUUUUGGUUGUUUAUUUCUGGGACUUUACUAUCAACGAUAAUCCUGCUGGUGGUGAUUCCUACUGUUCGACCAUAUAACAACCAUGGCCAGUCAACGCCCAUCUAAUGUGUAUAGUUAGUCUGUACCACGGCUAGUCAACGCCCAUCUGAUGUGUAUAGUUAGUCUGUACCAGCGCUCAGCGAGUGAAGACAGCUACCUCUAAAAGUGUUCGAUAUGGUUCUUGAAAUGUGACUUAAGCUAAAAUGUCUUAAAAAUUUAGGGUGUUUUUUUUUUCAAGACGAACGGGUGCCAUUCCCUGACGGACACAGUAAAUAUAUUCCACUCAUCAUUUUCACCAAGAGAUAUCUAUAUCACAUGUACUAGUACCUUAUCAAUAUGACGCUAUUGUUUCUGUACACAAUGAUUCAGCCAAAACGUUGUGGGUUUAACCUGUAGUAAACAAACACAGAUUGUGAGUGUGUUUUGCUUUCCGUGUCCAAAAUAUGGAAGUGAUUGCAUUAUUUGCAGCUGGUGCAUGAUAUAUAACUGUACAGCUGUGUAUUACGAUAUAUUGAUGUACAAUAAACAUGGAAGUUUACACAUUACAA